AGCACCCGCCAGCCCAGCACGGUGCUCACCCCGUCCUCCUUGAACUCGCAGCAUGAGGUUUUCCCCGUAGCCCUGACCCAACGAGAGAGGGGCACGGAGCAAAGCAGGGGAUGUGCCCCACGCCUAUGGGGACAGCCAUGUCUCCACUGCGGAAAACGGCCACGUUGUGGCUUCUCCUUCCUCAUUGCCCAACUUGAGGGCUGAUAAAAGGCACUGGUUGCGUGGGGAGGGCACAGGGCGAGGAUGCCGAGCUGCUGGGUGCUGGUGCUGGCGCUGCUGGGGGGGGCCUGCGCCCUCCCGGUCUCCCUGAGCUACUCCCAGGCGCUGACCCAGGCCGUGGACUCGUUCAACCAGCGGCCCGAGGUGCAGAACGCCUUCCGGCUGCUCAGCGCCGACCCCGAGCCCGGCCCGGGCGUCGAUCUGAGCACGCUGCGGGCGCUCAACUUCACCAUCAUGGAGACAGAGUGCGCCCCAAGGCCACAGGUGCCCAUUGACGACUGCAACUUCAAGGAGAAUGGGGUCAUCAAGGACUGCUCGGGGCCAGUGACCAUCCUGCAGGACACUCCCGAGAUUGAUCUCCACUGCAGAGAUGCCUCAUCGGAUCCGGUUCUCGUUGAGCGGGGACGAUUUGGCCGCUUCUUGGGCAAGAUCCGACGCUUCCGCCCUAAGUUCUCCAUCACCAUCCACGGUAGUGUACACUUCGGCUGAACGAAUAAAUGGGGCCAAGUGCGGCCACCGAGUGUCACCUGGGCUGUCCUC